AUGGCAUCAAACGAAACAAACAACGCUCAGUACCUCUCGAUUGACAACUCAGAAAAUCGUUCGGCUUCUGCUCCUCCUUCAAUUUCUUCUUUUCCAUCAUCAAGGGGUCCCACAGAUACUUCCCACUCUCCUUCUCAAAAGCUACAGAUUCAUCCAAUUCUCGAAGCUCAAACGGAAUCUUUCAACGAAAUUAUUGCUGCCUCAGAUAAUACUGCAGAAAUGGCCCACUACUCCAGCAACACCUGUGAAUACUCAUACCCAGCAUCUACCUCUGGCGCUCCAUAUAGCUCUAGUCAAAUUUCCCAAACUGAGAUCAAUCAGAUGUUACACACCCUCCGCAGCCAUCGAGUCAACACGUUGACGGAACUCCGCCGUAUAGAAAAAGUUCUCGCAUCUGUAAAUCCGUUGGCAUAUUAUGCACCCAUGACCGAAGCCUGGAACCACUAUGUCUCAUCGAAUAACUUUCUCAGCGAGCUCAGAGGAUUGACGAGACAAUAUCCAUUCAGUACAGAACUCCUGGAGAGUGCUAAAUGGAGUGUAUACAACGAUCCAGAUAGCAGCAAGAGUUGGAAUUUUGCUUGGCUAAUUCUUACGAAAUUGAGAAAUGAACAAAUGGUAGCAGAAUUUGCUACUAAGACAGCAUAUGAGCCCGCAAUGUGGGGUAAUGCUACUCCUGAUCCAGCGAGUGCCACUCAGUUGGCUUCGGUCUUGACCCAGGAAUGGUCAAAGGCUGUUGACCAGAUGCUUAGGCACUGGUCUUCUCCACCUACGACUGACUCCUUCUACUGA